AAAAGAUUUUAAUUCAAAUAAAGAGUAUUAUUUUUCCCCAGUGAACUAAAAUGAGUGAAAACAUUAAGGUUGUAGUUCGGUGUCGGCCAAUGAAUCGAAAUGAAAUUGAGAGUAAAUGUGAAAACAUUGUAGAUAUUAAAGACUAUUCCGUUUCUGUGCUAAAUCCAUUAGCACGACUUGCUCAAAAAAUAUUCACAUUUGAUAGUGCUUAUAAUAUGAAUACAACAACAGAAGUAAUUUAUAAUGAAAUGUGCUACUCACUAGUGGAAAGUUCUAUUGAAGGAUAUAAUGGAACGAUUUUUGCAUAUGGCCAGACAGGUUGUGGCAAAACACAUACAAUGCAGGGCACUAAAAACAUGGAUAAUACAAUAAGCGAUGGAAUCAUACCAAAAUGUUUCGAUCACAUAUUUGAAGCGAUAUCCAUGAUAACCAAUAUUAGAUACUUGGCGUUCGUAAGUUACUUUGAAAUUUACAACGAGAAUAUUCGUGACUUGCUUGUAACGACAAGAGAUGGUUGUUUUGUUAAUCAUCAGCUUAAAGACAUGCCGGGUAUUGGAGUUACAGUGCCAACAUUAAGUUCCCAGCCAGUUAUUAAUGCAGUACAAUGUUAUCGCUGGUUAAAUGUAGGCAAUAAAAAUCGGAUAACGGCUGCGACAUUAAUGAAUGAAAAAAGUUCACGAUCGCAUACAGUGUUUACCAUUACCUUGGAGCAAUCACAAAACUUUACUACAAAUAUUACAUCAGAUCAUGAUCUUGAAGAUGAUCUUGAUCGUGAAAUUCUUCAAGCCGGAAUACGGCGAGGAAAAUUAAACCUGGUGGACUUGGCCGGCUCAGAAAGGCAGCGUAAGACGGGAGCUCAGGGAGAACGCCUUAAAGAAGCAACUAAAAUUAAUUUAUCACUUUCGGCUUUGGGAAAUGUUAUAUCAUCGUUGGUUAAUGGUAAAACCAAACAUGUACCUUUUAGGGAUUCGAAACUUACGCGUCUGCUACAGGAUUCCUUGGGAGGAAAUACAAAAACCCUUAUGAUAUCCUGCAUCUCUCCAUCAAACAUUAAUUAUGAUGAAACAAUAACGACCCUGCGCUACGCAAGUAGAGCUAAGAAAAUUGCAAAUAAGCCGACAAUUAACGAAGAUCCCAAAGAUGCCAAAUUACGACAGUAUCAUGAUGAAAUACUUUAUUUAAAAAGAAUGCUGAAAGAAACACAACAAACGAUUGAUUUCAAAAGUGACGAGAAGUUAAGAGAAGUUUCAAUUAAUGAUAAGAAAUACCAAGAAAUCCCAGAUAUCACCAAUGCUGAAGCGAUGAACUCAAGGUCAAUCUUACCUGUUCAUUCAAAAGAAGAGAACAUUCAAUUGCAAGCACGAAACCGUAUUGAUCUUAUUAAACAAACCUUAAUUGGAGGUGAGCGUGUUGGUGAUUUAAAACUUAAGGAACAGCAUAAAGCCCGUCGAAUUGCUGCUCAACGUCACUUAAAUGCCGUAGCAAAUGCUCUGAGCCGUAUUAAUUAUGAAGAUCGAGACCUUUUACAAGGUCAUUAUGCUAGUAUAGCCCAAGAGAUAAAUAUUAAAAACGAACACAUACGAAAUUGCCAACAAAAAAUUAAAAUGCUUCAAAUGGAACUUUCGGAUUUGAAUUCAGAGUUUCAGCUUGAUCGUGAAGAUUAUUUGGAUGAAAUAAGAAAUCUUGGACGUUACAUCAAGUUUUAUCAACAAUUACUUAAUAAAUUUGAUUCAAAUUUACGUAAAAAUUAUAAAAAUUGGUCUCCGGAUAUUGUAAUGGAGCAUUCAACAUGGAUUGAUGAUCUGAAAAUUUGGAAAAUUCCAGACAACUAUUUGUUGAAACUUCCACCGGCUAAUCUUAAUUCUGAUAAUCAACAAAUAUAUAGCUCGACAGAAACUAAGAACAUUUCCAAAAUAUUUAGGAAUGAUGAAAAGCAACCUUUUGAACAUGACAACUUUAACACAUCAAAAGAGAAGUUUAACGGGAAUGUUCUCAAAAACUACUUUCGCACAUCUCGUCCAAACAAUAAAAAGGAGCAAUUCGGAAAAAUAACCGGCUUAAAAGAAUAAAGUGAAUAACAGGAAACAUUUAUAAUAAAACUUAUUUAAAAAAAAUCAUAUGGAUGGCGUUUCAGCCCAUCAAUGU